AUGGCCUCUUCAUUUCUGGGAUCUGGUGAAGACGGGGUAUCCUGUCCCCUGUGUCGCGAUGUAUAUGAAGAUCCAAGGACCCUGCCGUGUGGACACACGUUCUGCUCACACUGCUUGGAAAGCCACAUAUCUGCCUCUAUCGGUCAUGACAAAACCUUCAGAUGUCCUAUGUGCAUGCGUUCCAUCCACAUGCAAGAUGAUACAAAAGCAAUCAACUCGUGGGCCACACAGUUUCCCCUCAUUGUGGCCUUAACCUACGCCAUAGACGAAGUGAAGCGGUUGAAACGACGUAAUGCCCCCGCUGCACAGAAAAGGCCAGAGGACAAUGACCAGAGAAGGGAAGAAAUAGUUAAAACUGAAAUUCCCGAGUUGGAAAUUGUUGAAAUAUUAAAACCCGACAUAAAAUCUCUAACAGACUGCCAGCCGAUGACAGACACCCAGACAGAGAGGCAGGCAGACAGGCUGACACUGGCAGACACCCGGAAAGACAGGCAGACACUGACAGACACCCAGACAGACAGGCAGAAAGACAGACUGACACUGACAGACACCCGGACACACAGACUGACAUGGACAUUUCACACCGACAUAUCAUCAGAUAAACGUUAUCCUGAUCUAUCAUCCAUUGCGGUGCUGGGAGGUGACAGAUCUAAGAAAAUUGUUUUAAGUGAUUUGUCCAACUCCUGUGUAAAAUGUUUCUCUGCUAAAACCUCUAAACUUUUAUUUAAUUUCGAACUUCCAGGCCCACCAGGCGGCCUUGCUAGGUCAAGUGACCAGCAGGUAGUUGUCACCCUGCCAAGGAAACGUCAAAUAUUAUAUCUGCAUAUACAAGAUGACAUCCUCCUGACAAACACACUGAAGACUGAGGAACAGUACAACUUCAUAUCAGUGUUACCUAGCAACCGUCUGGUGGUCAGUGAGUUGUUUGGUGUAUGUCUAGACAUACUGGAUGAGGGAGGUCGCGUCAUUCAGUCUCUACCCCGCCACUUGAUCCCCCGCCCCUCAUGUCUCACAGUGAAAGGCGACUCUCUGGUUGUUGUAUCAGAGAACAACAGUUUGAAAUAUGUGACGUCAUCGGGACACGUCACAUGGCAGCCAAGUGAUUCAGCAAGGCUACGUGGUCUGUGCGGUGUCGCAUGUGACUUGGAAGAGUCUGUUUAUGUUUGUGAUGUUCAGAGAAAUUGUAUUGUCCAGUUGUCACGUGACGGAGAGGUCAUCGGUGAUGUCAUCACGGACCAGGAUGGAUUAUCCAGACCUGAGUUUGUCUGUUGUGAUCAUGUUAAAAUAUUUACGUGGAGCAAAGCUAACCGUGAAACUCUUCAAACUGACUUUGUGUUUCUGACAGUUUAAAAUGACAAAACAUAUUAAAUACUUUAAUACUUUUAGUAAAUGUUCAGUCAAACAUUUGCUAAUUUUAAUACAUUAGCUAAUUAAUAUUCAAAAUCUAAUUUAAAAAACAAAAACAAUGUCUGGCAGUAUUAUACACAAAAGAUAAUUACAAGUUUUAUAUUAAUGACAACUGAACUGUUCCUACCAUUUACUAAUUAAUUUAAUGAAACAAAAUAUGAAACAACAUAUUUUAUUAACGAAAAAUCAGCAAGAAAAUAUGUAAAAUCGACAAAGAAAAAUUAUUUUAUUAUUAAUUAAUUAAUUAAUUUUUAUUUUUAAUUUAUUUCUGUUUUUAGAAAACUAAAAUUCUUCAGCACAAACCAGACCGAGUAUUAAUAUAGUGUGAAGACAAAACUUAUUGAAAUGUUUAUCAGCUCAUAAAUGUUCUUACCUGAUCACACCUGAAUCUUCUUUGGUGUUGAAACACAACAGAAAAUAUGAACUCCAACAAGGCAAAACAUUUCACACAUUUCUCCAUAAUUAACCACAUCCAUUUGACAAGAAAUAUUUCUGCAUUCAGAAAUAAUUAACCACAUCCAUUUGACAAGAAAUAUUUCCGCAUUCAGAAAUAAUUAAACACAUCCAUUUGACAAGAAAUAUUUCAAGAUUCAGAAAUAAUUAAGAAAUCAGAGAAAUAUUUAAUCACAACCAUUGGAAUAAAGUUUUGACCAUUUCAAAAUAAUGAUUUGUAUAGAGAAAAUAUUUGACCUGACCAUUCGAGAAUUUUUGUCUUUUUAAUACCGCAUCCUCUUUCAAACAAAUUCAUUCUUUCUUCUUUGUUUUUAAUUAAACACAUUUAUGAAUUUUGUAUGAAAUUAGCUGUGAAAACCUUUCAACCUUCAAAAUUCCAUUAUUUGUUUGUUUAAAUCCUUUCCCUGUAAUAUUUCACAUUUUAUCUCCUAUAAGAAAUCUCUCUGAAGAUUGUAAAAUAUUUCACACUUUCCUCUUCUAAUCUCGCUGUCCCUCAAAGUCUUGCCAAGUGACGUCAUCUUUGGUUCCUCUCAGAGAAAUUAGAAAAAUCAUCAAAACAAAGUAAUUUUUUCAAUCAUUCUAUUCGCAAUUUUCUCUUUCUCCACGCAGAUUGGAGAUUUCAUCAAAACCAAGUCUUCUUUACUGAUGUCGACUGUCAAAUUUAUAAAACGCAAAUAAAAUACGUUCUGCUUCUACUGAAAUGACAAACUUCCCGUCACGUGGUCGACAGUGCCAGGGUUAGUUAGGGUGGGUGAGGGGGAGGCUGUAAAAUGAUAUAAAAACUCAAAUGUAAUCCAUAAAGUACACAAAAACUAAAUUUCAUUUGAAAUUUCUGGAUCCAUAUCAAGUUCUAAUAUUUAUGUACGCCAAUAAAAAAUGUCUCACCCCCCCCCCCCCCAACCCCGAUUUUUUUUUAAAUAAACGCCAACCCCAACCGAGUUUGAAGAUGUAAAUAGGCCCUUAUCAAUCAAUGGCGACUCCACCAACCACUCACGCAUACUACAAUACAGCGCUGUUUAUGUUGAGCAUGCCCGUAUGAAAGAUGUUUCAAUGAGAGGGGAACACAUGGACUUUGGGUCUAAUGGGAGGUACACAUUCUCAUUGGGGGAUGGGGUGGGGUGGAGAUAUGUAUCUUUAUUUACAAAAAAGUAAAAACAAACAUAAAAAGUAAACAUUUUCCUCUUCAAAUGAGGGUAUGCAUACUGACCACCACCAUCACCAACUCCCACGAGCCUGAUGAGUUGAUUAAUCAUUAGGUUUAGUAAAUUAGCAUUUUGUCUGGUUGUUCAUCGAUUAAGAUUGUGUCGAAUGACAUUUAAAGGUUUUCGCCCAGGUUUUAUAAUCAUUUGGACAUAUUUUAUUUAUUUUAUUCUUCUUUGGUAAUGAGUGUUUAAACUUAUUUUGUCAUUGUGUUCAUGCUGUAUGAAAUAUGGAAUGUUUACAUUAAAUACAAUGAUCUUAUCUCGGCAAGUUCCGCUUCGUGUAGGUCUAUAUAUGUUUAAAUAGUUUUAAAACUAAUUUUUGUAUAUACUUAUUUUAUCACUGUUGUGUGUGCAAUUGGGUGGGGUGGGGGUGGGGGGACAUUUUGUAUGUUUCCAAAGGCUAAUUAACUUAAAAUAUAGCCUAGCACAAUGUGAUUCAGAACCUUACCGUUUUUAUCAUUACAGGUCCGUACGGAGAAGGGGACAGGGCAUGUGGGGUCAGCUGCACGCUUAAAAAUUGAUGUUGUUAUUUUUAACCAACAGAAGACUUUUCUGGACAUAGACUCUCUAUUACUAUAUACCGACUCUUUUUGAACUGACACCCCUCAGUUUAGACAAGGUACGGACCUGCAUUAUUUAUAUUUAUGACCCCCCUCCUCUACUGUUUUAAUCUGUUAGAAGGGCCUGGUAAAAUAAUUACUUCAACUGUGAGAUAUAUAAAUAUGUAACAUACCGCAUUUUUAUACGUUUUUGCACUGUGUAACAGUCAUUAAUCAAGCACUUUGUAUGUCUUGUAAUCAAAUAAAUA